AUGCCGCACCACUCCCAUCUCGGUGGUGAUGGGCUGCCUGCCGUCCAGGCGGGGACCGGCGGGGCGAGUGAAGCGGCUCCGAGGAAAAAGAGGGGGCCGGCCCUGUGGCGCGGCGCGGCGAAGAGAACGGUGCGCCCCACCGAGGGUGUUACCAUAGCGGGGUUGGCGCCGCUGGCGAGGGGUUCGAGGCCUACCGUUGCUGGGAGCACGCGGGUGCUCCAGCGAAAACGCCGCCAGCCGGACUCCGGUGGGGAAGAGGAGGAAGUGGAGGUAACGGGGGCCCGAGAACAGCCCAAGAAGUCGAGGCAGGCUCCGCCCGGGGCUGUUUCGGACGUGAAGAAAGAGAAUGAGCGGUACGCCAAGCUGGAGCAGGUUAUGUCUCUGGUACGGGACCGGGUGACCACGAAGGAGAAGAAAAUUGAGAUCCUUCAGCGGGAGUCCGCCGCUAAACAAUCGGAAAUCAAGCGGCUGGAGGGUGAAGUCGCUCGCUUGGAAGCUGAGGGAAGCCGUGCUGCGGCUGCCGCUGUUGAAUCGUACAAGCAGUCGGCGGAGCAUAAGAAGCCAAGUAAGGAAGCGCCGCCGACAACAAGUACCGCUCCCACUGCCGCACCUGGUCCCGGAGUCCGCUCGGGUAGCGGGGAGAGUGGCGAGCCUCCAGAGGGCGACUCCCAGCGGACGCCUACGCAGUCGGAGGUGUCCCGCGCUGGCUUCUUGGAGCCCACACCCGGGUGGAUGGCACAAUAG